CUUUGAGUCGACGUCACUUCCUGAGGAGACAAUCAAGCUCGGGCCAUUCUCUUUAGUGUUUGCCGUGUUUUCCCAAUGUCCAUCUCCACACAGCCCGCAUUUUGAUACAAAACUAACAUUAACCGGCUCUUGAAACUGGCAAUAAACAAAAGCAAACGAAAGUAAAUGCACCCGUACUAUGAAGUAACUAAAGCUGCUCAAAAGGAACGACGAGGAAAGUGUACCUUCCAACCUCCUCAAGAAGCAGUUCCUACAACUUUGGCAUUCACCAUUGCUGCACUACAAAGGUUUCAUCUUGACCUCAGCCCACGAGUGACUGAAGUACACCUACAAAGAUGUCCCAGAUCCAGUUUCAGUGUCCGGCUAGCCCCAUGCCUGCUGCCCCAGCCCCAGCCCCACUGCAGAUAGGGCAGCCUCAACCUGUCUACAGCAUCCCUUGUGCCUCAGGCACCCUACCUUCAGAGAGUGCCAGCCAGCCUAUGAGGAGUUCGGCUCUCCCUGCAGGCUCGGCCACUCCCUACAAUACCACAAUAGUAUCUAACAUGGCAAACCCUAAAGAGAAGACCCCCAUGUGUUUGGUGAAUGAGUUAGCCCGUUUCAACAAGAUCCAACCCGAGUAUAAGCUGCUGUGUGAGCAAGGACCAGCUCACUCCAAGAUUUUCUCAGUCAGGCUCACACUGGGAGAUCAGCACUGGGAGGCGGAGGGGACCAGCAUCAAGAAAGCCCAGCAUUCCGCUGCUGCAUCAGCCCUCGCUGAGACGACACUACCCAAACCCACCGUGAGAUCGCCUCGCAACACAGGCAAGCACCCAGCAGAUGGCAUUACACACACCAUGGAGUUAAAUGCACUAUGUAUGAAGCUUGGUAAAAAGCCUAUGUAUAAACCCAUCGACCCGUACCCGGGGAUGAGACCACCAAACUUCAACUAUAACGUCCGGCCUCCAGGACCCUACCAGCGCUCUAUGCAACAAUACUACUACCCUUUUCCUCCAGUGGGACCAAUGAUAUACCACAUGGAGCUUUCCAUCGGAGGCCAGCAGUUUAUUGGAAAGGGACGCACACGGCAGUUAGCCAAGCACGAGGCUGCUGCCAAGGCCCUGAAGGUGCUGCACAAGGAGCCAAUAUUACAACAGAUGCCAGAGGUGAACGGAGAGCCAGAGGAGGAGAACCUCAACAAGUCAGAAAUCAGUCAAGUGUUUGAAAUAGCACUUAAACGCAACUUACCUGUAAACUUUGAGGUUUUAAAAGAAGAAGGCCCUCCCCACAUGAAGAGUUUUGUAGUGCGUGUUACAGUCGGGGAAUUCACUGGAGAGGGCGAAGGAAAGAGUAAAAAGAUUGCCAAGAAGCUGGCAGCAGCUGCUGUGCUGGGAGAGUUAAAGAGGCUGCCCCACAUACCCAGUGUGGAAAAGACGCUGCCACGCAUCAAAAAGAAAACCAAAUCCAUUAUUAAGCUCCAGACCAGUCCAGAAUACGGGCAGGGAAUGAAUCCCAUCAGCCGCCUGGCUCAGAUCCAGCAGGCCAAGAAGGAGAAGGAACCGGAGUACAGCUUGAUGACUGAGAGAGGUCUGCCUCGACGUAGGGAGUUCGUCAUGCAGGUGACGGUGUGUGGCCAGUCUGCGGAGGGGAUGGGACCCAGUAAGAAGGUGGCCAAGAGGAACGCAGCAGAGAAAAUGCUAGACCUCUUGGGAUAUAAAGUGCCUCAGCCUCAGCCCCCUAAACCGGCACUCAAGACAGAUGAAAAGACCCCAGUAAAGAAACCUGGUGAUGGACGCAAAGUGACCUUCUUUGAACCUGGCUCAGCAGAGGAGGUGGCUUUGGCUUCCAAAGAGGAAGACUACCGGCUGCCUUACCUGAGCCACCAGCAGCUGCCUGCAGGAAUCCUGCCCAUGGUCCCUGAGGUGGCUCAAGCCUGUCAAGGAUCCCUUGCUAAGGACUACAACCGAGUUCUACCCAUCCCGGGCAAGGCCACAAUCUCUGCUAUCAUUGCCAACGAGCUGCUUUACGCAGGGACAUCCUUGACUGCUGAGACUAUCCUGAAGAGCAAAAACAACAUAAACCAGCUGCCACACGGACCCCUCACCAGGCCCACAGAGCAGCUCGACUAUCUUGCAUCAGUGCAAUGCCUGCAGGUGGAUUACACAGAUUUCCCCAAAAACAAUAAGAAUGAGUUUGUAUCACUGAUAAACUGCUCCGCCCAGCCGCCACUCAUCAGUCAUGGGAUUGGGAAAGAUGUAGAAUCCUGUCAUGACAUGGCUGCACUGAAUAUAUUAAAGAUGCUCUCAGACUUGGACCAGCAGUCAAAUGAAAGGACAGGAAACGCAGCAGUCUCUCGGUAAGCUGUGACCAACACUGAGUCUAUUUGUUCAAUGAUGACUGUUAGACCUUUCAUUCUAUUACUGAUCACAGUGGUUCAUUGGUCAUAGAAAUAACGCCUGUUUUGAACACUUAACAGCAUGAAAUGGAUUAUUGUUUACUCCUGAAUGGUAAUUCAACCCAAUGUUCAGAGUGAUGUGUGCUUCCCAGGGGAAAUAUGGAGAUAAUUUAUUAACAUUGAGACCAUAAAUAGAAAACGUCUGUUUUUAUGUCUUUAUAAUAACUCUGUAGUCUGAUUCUGUGUUGUGCAAACUCUCAGAGGGCUUUUGUGUUUUCGAGUUUAUUGUCUUUGCAUUUGAGUAUUUCUUUGAAACACACUGGUGCACAUAGAUACAGCCUUCAGGAAUAUUUUGGGGUUAAAAGGUAGUAAGAAUUGACUCUACUUGUGCCCUUUAUUCUCCCAUAGGUGUGGCAAGCAGGAAGUGGAAGGCGAUUUGCAUCUCAAACAGGCUAACUCAAGCACAUUGGCACAGACCCUGGAUGGCACUGUUUAGUUGAUCAGGUUUGGUUGUCUGUAAAAGCACUAGAGAAAACUCCGACACUGUGUUCUUAGUCAGCAUUAGAAGGCUGCAGGAAGCUUCGGGCACUGUAGGCUCUAAACUUUCACUGUUCUUAUUGUACCAAAAUGUUCACAGUUAAACAAGAUUGAAAGGAAAAAAAGAAGCUAUUUCCCCUUGAUGUUGUUUAAUUGUACAAGUUAUUUAUUUUGUUGAGUUGUAGAAAAAGUAGCUGCAUCCUAGUCAACGAGUCAGAGGUUUACUUGGUGAGAAAUUAAUCAAGAAAAUAACUGUGAACCUGCUUUUGCUUUUCCUAGUUUGUCUGUUUUCCUCUAACUGUGGUUUUUAAGUCUUUUAUCCCCGCCAAGGUAGUUUAUAAACAACAUCUCAUAAGGGUUUGGACCUCAUCUUUGUCUAGGGUGCAGCUGUCGAACCUUUGUUGUUUUUCCUAGAGUGCUUUCUAUCAACAACCAGUGUUAACAUUACCAUGUAGGGCCGGAAAGACUCCAACUAUGUAGUGUUUGAUGUUUUGUGACGUUGUCUCUGCUGUGUAAGGUGGGGACGUUUCCCUGUUGCGUCAGUAACCCUGCAUACCCUCCCAUGUCAACAUCCCUUCCCUCUCCGCUCCCCAUGGUAAUUAAACUUCUGUGCAUACCUGCACUAAACAAACA